AUGAGAGAGGAGUACGACCCCAUCGUGCUAAAGACGGGCUCCGUGCGUCUUUCACAGCUCAAAUACUUCACCUUCAGUUUGGUGGGUAUCGCCCUUUUAUGGCCCUUCAACUGCUUCUUAUCAGCCUCAGCAUACUAUGGAGAGCGGUUUGCCCAUAGUCCCAGCCUCGUGAAGGUAUACUCGUCCACCAUGAUGUCGGUUUCCACCGUUUCAUCGACGCUCUACAACUACUAUCUCUCGCAGGCCCAGGCAGGAGUCAACUACCAACACCGGCUCAACUUGGGCUUGGGAAUCACUAUUGUGGUGUUUGUGAUCAUGGCAAUCUCGUGUAUUUCGGACUGGUUCAUCAGGAUGCCCGACGUGCUCUUCUUUGGGAUCCUUAUGGUGUUGGUGUUCUUGUCUGCGUUGGCCACCUGUUUGGCCCAAAACGGCACCAUGGCUAUCGUCAACGUGCUUGGAAGCAUAUAUGCCAACGCUGUCAUGGUUGGGCAGGCAGUUGCCGGAGUGUUGCCCUCGCUUGCCCUUAUAAUUCUGAUCUUGAUCGUGGGAGAAGGCCCCAAAUCCAUAACAGAGCUUGCUGACUACGUGGAAAAGGACUUAGGAGUCUUUGUUUACUACAUCACUGCUAGUGUUAUUGCCGUUGGUUCGAUCGCUUCGAUAUACUGGGUAAACAGCUAUGGCUUGAACGGUUAUCAAUUGGUCAACGAGAACGAAGACCACGACUUUGAUACCGGGAUCAGCGGUCCUGAAGAACCCGAGGGUGUCACCAAAAAACACGUUCCAUUCGCUACUCUCUGGUCAAAAUUGAAACUCAUUGUGCUGACCAUAUUCCUCACAUUCAGCAUAACGUUGAUUUUCCCGGUGUUUGCAUCAAAAGUCGAGUCUACACACGAGAGCAAAAAUCGUUUCUUGCAGAAAAACAUCUACAUACCGUUCAUCUACUUGAUCUGGAAUUUAGGAGAUCUUUUGGGGAGAGUAUUGUGUGGUUAUCCAAGACUCAGAAUGCUCAUCAAGAAUCCACGUACCCUCCUCACAUACUCCAUCGGAAGAUUGGUUUUCAUCCCACUUUUCUUGACAUGCAACAUCCAUCCAGGGGUGUCAAAACCGGUGAUUAACUCAGACUUGUGGUACAUAUUGCUCCAGCUUCUUUUUGGAAUAUCAAACGGCCAGUUGUGUACGUCCUGUUUCAUGAUCGUGGGGGACUACUGUGAGGAAGAUGAAAAGGAAGCAGCUGGAGGGUUCACCACUGUAUUUUUGAGUGUGGGUUUGGCAGUUGGAAGUUUGCUCAGUUACUUCUUGGUGAUGUACAUCGACUAG